AUCUGAGGCCGCGCCAGUCACACCGCGAAUCGAUUGGUCCCUUUACACUUCAAUGACAACAUGUACUCUAGAGCCACAAGCUGCGUGUCUUCCAGUCACUGCUCUCAGGUCAGUCCUGGUUGACGGAGAAUUGCUGCUUCUUGCGGGGCAGGGUCCCUUUCUUCACAUCUACAACGAAAGCGGAUUCAUCAUUGCGUCUACACGGAUCUUUGAGAUUCAACCAGUCUGUGGGAUUCAGAUCGAUUCGCACAAUGCAGGCCAGGCCCGCAGUCAGUACCGGUGGAUCGUGCUUUGGGGAGGGGCGUUUUGUCGAACCGCCUUGUUGACGUUGGAAAAGUGUGACCCUGCUCUGUCACAUGCGGUGGUCGAAAUCAGUGUUUCGAGACAAUUGAACUGCAGAGAUUGGAUUCUAGACGCUGCCUUUCACCAAUCCACCAUCUUCCUGCUCACUGCACACAACCAGCUUCUAGAAGUGCCCCUUCGCGAGAAUACAGAGGAAAGAGCCCUGCCAUAUGGGAAGCCGGCCCCAGUGAUUGGCCCAAGGUCAUUCCUGUACUCCGGCUCUCUUGCUGUCACCAAACCUGGGCUGAUUAUCGUGGCUUCGGGGACAGUCUUUGGAGAGAUUCUAGUCUGGACUUGCUCGAGGGAAGAAACCCUGGGUCAGUGGUCCACGUUACUAAGACACGUCUUCAAUGGCCAUCGGGGCUCCGUUUUCGGUGUGUCUAUCUCUGACGUCCUCGAGCUGGGGGCUACGCACACUCGCUUGUUGGCGAGCUGCUCCGAUGACCGCACGGUAAGAGUAUGGAAUAUUAGUGACUGUGACUGUACGCAAGACGACUCGAGCAGCAGCAUGGAAUCUGCUGAAACAGGCUUUGGACGUGCCAGUGGACGCGGCGAGACCCAGAUUGCGUCCGCAUGGGGCCACCUCUCCCGCAUCUGGGACGUUGAAUUCGUCCAAGAAAAGGUAUCCAACAACAGAAAUUGCAUCUCCCUUUUAUCCCGAGGUGAGGACGGUGCCUGCCAGUUGUGGACCAUCGAGCUGCAUACUGGUACUCGGCCGGAGAUGCCUUUGACGGCGCUUCUAAGACCGGAGUCGAGUGAUCGGCAUCACUCUGGGAAAAAUGCAUGGUCUAUGACAUACGUCAAUGACGGCCGAGGCUUGUUUGUCCAAACUGGCGGUGCUGAUGGACAGAUAAUCUCCAGACGACCCAACGUCUCCCGUGCGGGCCUGGCUUCAUCUGCCACCCACUCGAUACCCUUCAAAGACAUUACUGGUUCCUCAAUGUCCCUCAAGCAUUACCUGUUUCUAAACUCGCGUGAAUUUCUAGCGGGUACAGAUCAAGGCGACCUGUUUCGACUGACCGCCGACCAUGACAAGCUGACCUGGGUCAAAUUGAUGUCGGGUCCUGGCAAAGGUGGCCUUGUGCUCUGCCCAGCUGGAAGCCUACAGCUGGUGCUCGUUGCGUAUCAGAGUGGUGGGCUUUCGGCGUUGCUCACCAACAACGACUCUUUGGUACCCGUUAAAUGCGACCUCGAAUGUGCAAUCUCUUGGAUACGGCUCGCCUCUCUACAGUCGACAAUUUUACCUGCGUCGACAAUUUGCGUUGUUGCCAUGUUGGCGAACAAGAAGGCAGCCAUCCUCUGGGUGAGCAUUGAAGACGAUUCAGUUCUGGUGAGACAAACACCGCUGAAAACACCAGAAACCUUUACCAUCACAUCUUGUUGUUACGACAGCGCAAGCGAGGUGUUGGUUCUCGGUUCCCGCGCCGGUGCACUUGCCAUUUACUCUCAUGUAACGUCUCAAUCAGAAACAUCCGGCGAACCGUCAUGCCUCCGGCAUGCCCAUGACACGGAUAGCGUUACUUCGAUCACUAUUUUGCGGAAAGGUGUGGAAUCUUGCACAGAGACAAUUCAUGUUCUGACGACAGGCCGCGACGGCAUCUAUGCAAUUCAUCGUGUCAAGUGGCCAUCAUCCACAGACAGGGUAGAGCCGAUUAUGGUGGCCGUCCACAGGUCUGCACUUCCGUUCGGCCCCAACAUUGAGGAUGCUUUCUUUACGUCACCUGAAGGAUCAUCACCUGCAACAGAGCCAGAUUUGGUUCUCUAUGGCUUUCGUUCGACGUCCUUUGUCGUCUGGAAUGAAACACAGCAGUCUGAAGCGUUGUCUGUCGAAUGUGGCGGACCACACCGGAGCUGGGCGUUUCGGGACUCUUCUGUGUUUUGCGACGGAGUCACCAAAUCCUUUGUCUGGACCAAGGCUGGCAGGUUGAACUGGCACUCGGCCCAGGGUUCCAGCCAUAAAGUGAUUCAAAAAGGGGCGCAGGGGCGCGAGAUCAAAGCCAUGGCCCGUAGUCCGUUGUCCUUCGAUCAGCUCAAAACCCAACACCACCCUCACAUUCUCAUAGCUACAGGAGCCGAAGACACCAACAUUCAACUUCUUGCUAUAUCGCGUGCCGCAAAAAAUGGUCACCAACCAAAUGGGGAUUCUGUAUCGCAUAGCUCCUCUAUGUUUCGUGCGGUUUCCACUCUGAAGCGACAUACCACAGGCAUCCAAUACCUCCAAUUCUCACCAUCUGGAGGAUACCUCUUCAGCAGUGCUGGAUGCGAAGAAUUCUAUGUGUGGAAACUCAGCUUUGACGUCCCUGGCAUUGAAGCAGGAGUCGUGCUGUGGGACAUGAUGCCAACUGAGGAAGAGGAUUCGGAUGCACGGAUCAUGAGCUUUGAUUUGCGAUGUAGUGACUACGGAAACAAGAACGCAAGUGAAGAAUACACUAUCGUGAUGGCAUAUUCGAACGGAAAGGCAAAGGUGGUACGUUACACACCUGCUCCCAGCAGAAAUGAAGCGAUGUUCGAGACGCUGCGGGAAAUCAGGUACGGCUCGUUCUGCGUCAUGAAGGCUUUCUUCCUCUCGUCAAGGGUCGUCUCUGCUUCGGACUUUCGAUAUGAUGAGCAUCAGAUCGGAACAUUGUCGGCCGGCACAAACGGAUAUCUGAACCUCAGUCUUCUGGAUUCCCGCUCUGUUUCUGACCAGUUGGCUGUUUCCCCGGAUGCAGAGGGACUGUCACGGAUGGAGGUCCAUAGGGUGCAUCAGAGUAGCGUCCUUGCCAUGGACGUGGUCUCCCUCAGCCAGAAAACUUAUCUCAUCGCGACGGGUGGCGAUGACAACGCACUAGGUUUGACAUUGCUGACCCCGGCGUCUUCAUCCUCGAUCACUUUCGAAGGAGAGACUCACGCAGAAAGACAAUCAGCUCACCACUUUCGAACGAUCAUCAUCCCUGCAGCCCAUGCCGCCGCCCUCACGGCCUUGAAGACCACGAGCCCACGGCCCACCCAGAAGGGUUAUUCAGUCAUGGUGGUGACGGUGGGAAACGACCAGCGUGUCAAAGUUUGGGAUGUCCAUGUCGACGCGAAGAGAGACGAUGACCCGGUUGUUCCACGUGUCGAGGAUGAUGAGCUUUUUGAAAAGGUCCAGGUCAGACUUGUCGGUGCUGGGUGGACAGCGGUUGCAGACGUCAGUGAUCUGGAGAUCAUUGAAGACGAUCAUGGGACCAUGGGAUAUCAUGACGAGGAUGGUAGGAAUGGAGAGGAUGCAUUUAGGGUUCUGGUAGUCGGUGUAGGCAUGGAGCUGUUGAGGGUCAAUUGUGGAGGAGACGGCAUCUCCUCCAGGACGCACAAACCAGGACGUACCUAAAAGGUAGAAAAAAGAAAUCAUAGUCCAACCUCGAGUGCCGACUUUGGUUUGAAUGGCUGGAUAGCCAGAU